AUGAGAAAUUUUAAACCACUUCUUCCUGAUGCAAGCGAGCCCAUCAAAGAGCUUCCGGCAAAAACGGACACCAAAGACGACUCUGAUGCCGACGAAGAAGAUGAUUCCUCGACACCAAUGAGUCUGGGCAAGGAUACACAAUUGAGUUCCAAAGAAGACAAAGACGACUCUGAUGCCGACGAAGAAGAUGAUUCCUCAACACCAAUGAGUCUGUGCAAGGAUACACAAUUGAGUUCCAAAGAAGACAAAGACGACUCUGAUGCCGACGAAGAAGAUGAUUCCUCAACACCAAUGAGUCUGGUACGACCCAAAUGCAAGGAUACACAAUUGAGUUCCAAAGAAGACAAAGACGACUCUGAUGCCGACGAAGAAGAUGAUUCCUCAACACCAAUGAGUCUGGUACGACCCAAAUGCAAGGAUACACAAUUGAGUUCCAAAGAAGAUAAAGACGACUCUGAUGCCGACGAAGAAGAUGAUUCCUCCACACCAAUUAGUCUAGUACGAAUCAAAGUAUAA